UGAACUUGACGUUCCUCUGCGGUAGACGCGCAGCGUUUCCUCUCCGCAGACCGAGUCCAGACUCACCGACACUUCUUCAGCCUGCCCUGUGCUCUCUUCAUGUAGCAUAAAUGCCGAAGCCUUCGCCCAAAACUCCGGGUUUCGCUGCCGUCUGCGUCCUCGUUCAUUGCUAGGCGAUGGAUGGGAAGCAGACCCCGGUGAGUGACGAAGAGCCCAGAGUCCUGCGAGAAGACACCCGGAGGAGAAGAAGAAAGAAAGCCAUCACCUCGUCGUUCAGCGCCUCCAUGGAUCAGAUCACAGUGGAGUUCGUCCUGCCCACGGCGGCGCGGGGUGGAAACAGCCCCGACACUCUGCAGCUGGAGGUGGCUGGAAACUGGACGGUGGAACAGGUGAAAGCUCAGGUGUGGCUGAAGGCAGUGACUUUAAACCUCUGUCCUGACUUCUACCAGCGCUUUUCUCCUGACCACUGCAUCCUGCUCUACCAGAAGAAAGGCAACGUGUGUGAGAUCUACGACAAGCACCAAGUCUUCCAGACGCUGGACUGCAUCCGUUACUGGAGAGCCCUGAAGAAAGACGUGGGGCGGAUCCAGCUGGUCCCCCGUCCACAGCCCUCAGAGGAGUCCCUGCAGUACCAGCGCUACCUCAACUACCUGAUUGGCUAUGACGUGACUGAUGUCAGCAACGUGCACGAUGACGAGCUGGAGUUCACCCGCAGGAAGCUGCUGACACCGCGACGCAUCGAGCUGUCCGACCGAGACCCAAAGCUCUACUCCAUGGACCCCUGGGUGACCCGCAAGCCACUGCCUGAGCACCUUCUCAACAAGGUCAGUAACAAUCACAUCCUGGUGGUGAUCCACAUUGGCACGGCCAGCCAGACCAUCAAGGUCUCCAUCGAUGACCCUCCAGCACAGGUGUUGGCGAGUUUUUUCACCAAGACGGCAAAUAAGAGAGUUCUGCUGGGAAUUCCUGACAACAUGUGCGAGACAGACUUUGUGCUACGGGUGUGCGGAAGGGAGGAGUACCUCUACAGUGAUAAACCGCUGCAGGACUUCAACUGGGUCCGUCAGUGUCUGAAGAACGGGGAGGAAAUCCACCUUGUUCUGGAGACGCCACCUGAUCCUGAUUUGGAUCUGGUCCGGAAGGACGACUGGGCACAAGUGGAUGACUGCACCGGAGUCGCAGGUACCCAUGAGCAGCUGACCAUCGAUGAGAAGGAUCAUGAACGAGUGUUCACCAUCUCUAUGUGGGACUGUAACAGGAAGUUCAGAGUGAAGGUGUUGGGUAUCGACAUCCCGUCCCUCCCCAAAAUCCCAGAGUUUAUCGUCUUCAUAGAAGCCAGUAUCUUCCAUGGGCAACAGCUUUUGGCCCAGGAGAGGACAUCCUCUAAAACUUUCAAUGAAGAAGUGCUGUGGAACUGCUGGCUGGAGUUUAACAUAAAGAUCAAGGAUCUGCCUAAAGGAGCACGCCUCAACCUCCAGGUGGUCUGUGGGAAACAACCCCAGACGCCAAACUCCAAAGGAGGCUCGUCCUACCAGGAUAACACAGCAGGAACAGGCAGCCAUGAUGGAAAGACCAAGAGUCGUCUUCUGUACUACGUCAACCUGCUGCUGAUCGACCACCGCUCUCUGCUCCGCCAGGGCGAGUUCAUCCUCCACAUGUGGAAAAUGCCGGAGAAGAGUGAGGAGAGCAGCAGCAGCAUCAACGCCGACAAGCUCACCUCAGCCACCAACCCAGACAAGGCCUCCUCCAUGGCCAUCGCCAUUUUACUGGACAAGUACUGUUACCCAGUGGUGCUGCCCAAGAGCCGAGACGUGGGUCGGGAUUUGGGGGCCGGGAGCGAGGAAGCUGAGGGCGGGGAGCGAGGUCAGAGGGAGAUGCCCAACCACCUGAAGAAACAGUUUGCAGCUAUCGUUGCCACCGACCCCCUGCAUCCACUCAGUCCUGAGGACAAAGAGCUGCUGUGGCAUUUCAGGCACGAGUGUAUGCGUGACCCAAGGGCCUACCCAAAGCUUCUGAGUUCAGUCAGGUGGGGGAAACAGGAAGACGUUUUGGCAGCACACCGUCUUUUGGAGCGCAGCAGUGCGUGGGACAGCAGUGGCCUGGAUGUUGGUCUGGCUAUGCAGCUACUCGACUGUCACUACUCGGACGCUCAGGUUCGCUCAAUGGCUGUCAGGAAGCUGGAGACCCUGGAGGACGAUGAUGUGCUCAGAUACCUGCUGCAGCUCGUACAGGCAGUCAAGUUUGAGCCUUAUCAUGACAGCGCCCUGGUCAGGUUCCUGCUGAAGAGAGCUCUGAGGAGUAAGCGUAUCGGUCAUUUCCUCUUCUGGUUCCUGCGCAGUGAGAUCGCCCAGUCCAUGCAUUAUCAGCAGAGGUAUGCUGUGCUGCUGGAGGCCUACCUGAGAGGCUGCGGUGAAGACAUGCUGCAGGACUUCAGGAAACAGGUGGAGAUGACUGAGGCUCUGCAGAAAGUUACCCGUGAUGUCAAAGCCAUGUCUGCUGACAAGUACGACGUUACAGCACAAGUGGUGUUUCAGUUGCGUCAGAAGCUGGAGAGUCUGCAGUCAUCUGGUCUGCCAGAGAGUUUCAGAGUACCUUAUGAUCCUGGACUCAGAGCUGGAGCCCUGCUGAUCGAGCAGUGUAAAGUGAUGGCAUCUAAGAAGAAGCCCCUGUGGCUGCAGUUUAAAAGGGCCGACUCCACCACCCUGUCCAAAGACCCCAUCGGCAUUAUCUUCAAACACGGUGACGACCUCAGACAGGACAUGCUCAUCUUGCAGAUUCUGCUGAUCAUGGAGUCCAUCUGGGAGACUGAAUCACUGGACCUCUGUCUGUUACCGUAUGGCUGCAUCUCCACGGGCAACAGGAUAGGUAUGAUCGAGAUCGUGAAGGACGCCACCACCAUCGCUAACAUCCAGCAGAGCGUCGUGGGAAGCACCGGAGCUUUUAAAGAUGAAAUCCUUUAUCAGUGGCUCCGGGACAAGUGUGUCAGCGAGGAUAAGUUCCAGCAGGCUGUGGAGAGGUUUCUGUAUUCCUGUGGUGGCUACUGUGUGGCUACCUACGUCCUGGGCAUCGGGGAUCGUCACAAUGACAACAUCAUGAUCACUGAAUCUGGGAACCUCUUCCACAUUGACUUCGGCCACAUCCUGGGGAAUUACAAGAGUUUCAUGGGAAUCAGUAAGGAGUGGGUUCCCUUCGUGCUCACGCCAGACUUCCUGUACGUCAUGGGAACGUCGGGAAAGAAAAGUAGCCCCCACUUCCAGAAAUUCCAGGACGUGUGUGUGAAGGCUUACCUCGCCCUGCGGCACCACACCAACCUGCUCAUCAUCCUCUUCUCCAUGAUGCUGAUGACCGGCAUGCCCCAGCUGACUAGUAAGGAGGAUAUUGAGUACAUCCGCGAGGCGCUGACUGUCGGCCGUAGUGAGGACGAGGCACAGCGACACCUGCUGGACCAGAUAGAGAUCUGCAGGGAAAAAGGCUGGAUGGUUCAAAUCAACUGGUUUGUUCAUCUGGUGCUGGGGAUCAAGCAGGGUGUGGAGAAACGGUCCACUUAGCAAAGAUUUAAAAUUUCUUCUUCGUAAGUGGUUUAUGUUUUUUAUUUGAUGUAAAUAAGAGUCUUAAAUUCCAAAAGAGGACUGGAAAGUCUGGAAAGCUUUUUUUAAAGUCCUAGUUUACCUUCAAACACAGAUUUAGCAUCUCAGUAUCAAGUCAUUUCUAUGAAAAAUAAUAAUAAUAACUUGGGCUGUGACUGUAAUUUAGUGUAAAUCUUGUGCAACACAAUCCCAUCAAAAGUAGUUAUUUCAACCAUGGGAAGACACUGGAACAUUUCAAAGCAAAACUAUGCAAGAAAGAGUGACGAAGAGAAGAUGAAAUGAAUAAAAAUCAGGAGUGUUUUAGUGUGUGAUGCUGCAGGCAUGCAGCAGCAAGAUGCAUGAGUGUUAAAUUAAAGUCAUGAAUUCUCCUGUAAUGUGAGGAGAUGUAGAAUUAAAACUCAAAUCCACACCGACUGUUUCCAUCACACAGCUUAGACCAAGUCAAACAAAUCAAAAGUCCGAUCAGCUUUACUAAGAAACCAAACCCAAGUUUGCCUGUUUCCGUGAGCGGGGAAAUGGAUCUCUGCACCUCAUCCUUUUACAAAGUCUUAACUACUUCCUUUUUCUUGAUGUCUUAUUCAAAGCAGUUUCCUGCUGAGGAAACACAUUUCUCUCACAUUUCCUUCACAUUGUUUGCAUUUUAAAUCGUGGUACAUGUCACACUGGUUAUUGAAUUCUCACUGAAGUAGCUGCACUGUCCCUCCGCUCCCAGAGGAGCGCUUAGACUGAGAGAUAGAUUAAAGGAUCAGUCCGUAAAGGUUUUGACUGAAUAAUGAUGCAAAAAUGAUUGAAUUAGUUGGAUUCUUUUGGUCAGAAAUUGAAAACAAUGUAAUAUUACUAAAGUGUUAAAGAAGAGUUUUAUUAUUUAUAUUAUUAACAAUCUUUUUAUUUGCACUGAUUAUUAAGAUGUACUUCUCAGAUGUCUUGACAUCUUGACAUUUACAUUUAAAUGCCAAAAAUAUGUAUUAAAGUGAACUUAAAUUAUACUAAUUUAUAACAACAUGCUGCACGAAUGUGGCAUUGUAAUGCUACGGUGGCCCGUUGGUGACAUUGGCACAUGCUGGUCAGUGUGGUCGUCGCCUUUUUCAGGAUUGUGGAACAUUAAAGUGAACUCUUUUUGUUUGCUUGCCUAAAAUUUUGAAUAUUACAGUCACAUGUGAGAAGUAACAUAAUUCUGUACACUAACUGAAUUUUAAAAUUUCUGUGUGAUCUUAUUAUCUGACUGGAAGCUACAACACGUUGAUAAAUCACACACCUCUCAAGUUUUUUGUUGAAAUGGAUCCAGACUUUUAUAUUUUUGUCAUAUUUCAUUGUUUAAGUGGAGAUAAAAGCUACAGCAUCACCAGUUAAAAUAAAACAGUAUUUUAAAAAAUAUAUAUUUUGGAAAGAUUCAAACCAAACUAUUUUUCUGAAACAUGAAAUUUUGUAAUAAAACCUUUUGUUACUGUAAAUGCUCAGUCAUUGAUUCUCGAAACAACUGAAACAUGUCAGCUUUUCUAUGUCAUGAUACCAGACAAAUUAAAGUUAUGUACCAUAAA